AUGAGUGCAAUCAUUGAAGAGGACGGCCACUAUGAGGCCUUGAAAGUCCUCAUUACCAUGCACGAUGGCAUGGACGCUAUGGACGUGAUUGGUCCUCUGGAAGUCUUCAGCUGGGCUCAGCACGACCCCAAGAAUGCCGAAUCCAAGGCCUUCCGUGUCAUCUUCGCGGCAGCCGAGGAACAUGUCGUGACCGCCCAAGGCGCCUCUUUCCGCGCUCACCUCGACUUCAACGAAGCUAUGAAGCGCCUUGCUGAGAUCGAUAUCCUCGUGGUACCAGGUGGUGGUCAUGAGAAGGUCUUGAAGGAGAAGAUGCAGCCACUUACCAUCAUCAAAGCCUUCACCGAGCUGCAGAAGAAGAACCCCUCGCGUGAGCGUACUCUCAUGUCCGUCUGCACCGGCUCACUCCUCCUCGCCGAGCUUGGUGUCUUGAGUGGACUCGCUGCUACCACCCAUCCCGAUUUCAUCACCAAGAUGGAGAUCAUCUGCUCCAACGCCGCCCAGCGCGACAUGGCCGACCGCUGCGAUGUCAUGGAGGCUCGCUAUGUGGUCAACAAUCUCCGCUUCGACCUGGGCGAAGACGAUGACAACCCGUACGUCAUGACGAGGAAGGAGUACAAGGAGCACAAGCGUCGCAAAUCGAAUGCAGGCGGCCCGCCGUCUCCCAUCGAGGAGCGUGCAAACGGAGCUAGACGCCAGUCUUCCGCCCGCAAGGGCAGCAUGAGCCUCAAGAUGAGCAACAUGCGUCGUGAGAGCGUGCUCAAGCGCGCCAAUUUGCGUUUAGGAGGGUUGCGUGUGCUUACCACUAGCGGCGUCACCUCCGGCAUGGACGGCGCAUUGUAUAUGGUGGGCGCUUUGGUGUCUGACGACGCCGCCGAUGAGGUUGCCCGUAAGAUGUGCUAUGACUGGAAGAAGGGUGUCGUCGUUGACGGGCUCGAUGUUUAA